UUCUGUGUUCUUUUGUUUGGUUUGGAUCUUCUAUCUUCUGUGUCUUCUGAGCGAGUCUUCAAGCCCUAGGUGUAGGUCUUUAAUUGAUUUAGCGAUUUCUAUUCAAUUCGAUCUUCUUCAAUCUUUGAGCUUUGGCUAUUGAAUCUCCGAUUCUUUAAUGGGGAGGAGAAAGGAGCGUCGGCUCGCAGCUAUGGGUGCGACCAAUAGAAGGGUAAAGCUUGCCCUCUUCACGGAACCCUCUGGAGAUUUGGGUGGCUCUCCUGUGCAAGUGGAAGUUGGAGGGAACGAUGAUUCCAAAAAUAGUGCUGAGUUACCCAAUUCGCCAUCUUCUUCAGGUCAACAACCAGAGAAUCCACUGCUGUUACUUGGGCAAUACAGUGAUGAUGAAUUGGAUGAGGAAUCAACGAAAGGACUGGAUCAUGCCAUUGUGGAGAAUUCCUCAGCUGACCUUGAUGAUCAGGCAAAGGUAGCUGUCGGCAAAGAAUGCGAUACUAUCGAAGUCAAUGGAGGCAAAGAGCAUAUUUCUCAGAAGGCUGAACAGCUUUACAUAGAUAAUGGUUCUGCUUCAGGAAAUGUUUUGCAGAAACUGGACGAAAAUGGUACUGGAGAAAAUGAGGCUACUGAGUCAGCUGAUUUGCACAGAGAAACGGAUUCGAAGGAACAAAUCUCUAUUUCUGCAACUUGUGAUAUACAAGUGGGGGGGGAUGUGAGUUCAGGCUGGAAGGUUGUGUUGCAUGAAGAGAGUAAUCAAUAUUACUACUGGAAUACUGAGACUGGUGAAACUUCAUGGGAAGUGCCUGAUGUUUUGGCUAAGGGAACAGGAUUGACCUGUGAACAGAAAACUGCUGCCGAUAUUGAAGGUAGUGAGAUUGCAGUUGCAGUUGCAAAAAAAUUAAGUUCAACUUUAGACAUAGAAUUGGAUGAGACUAUCGCUAGACAGCCUAGUGAUGGUUAUAAGGAUGCCAAUCCAAACGGCGAAAGUGAACAUGUGUAUGAGCCAAGGCCUGAAAUGGAAGUGUCAAAUGAAGAACAGAAAGGUGACAUUCUGGAUGAUAAAAGAGGCUACCAUGAUGUGAAUGAAAAUGAUGUGAAAUACAGCGGUGCAAUGUAUCAUGAAACUUCUUCACCUGGGAAUUAUGUUUCUUCUGGGCAAUCAGGUGAUGCUCUUUUGGGUGUGGAACAGGAAAGAGGGACAGAUGUUCCUUUUCGCCUUGUGAAACAUAGUGAAUGCUUGUUAGAGACAUUAAGGUCUCUGAAAAGGUCAAAAUGCCACCUGCAAGUGCAUGAUCUGGUAGCUAAGUACAUACUGGAAGUUGAGAUCAGACUCUCUGAUAUCAAGUCACUAUUAUCUUAUGGAUCAUCCUUGCUCCCCUUUUGGGUACACUCUGAAAGGCAGCUUAAACAGCUGGAAGCUUCCAUGAAUGAAGAAGUUAUCCAAUUUCCUAAAUCCGUGCAAAUGAGUGAAGUUCAGGCUUCGCAUUAUCUACAUGGAAGCACAGGUGAUGGCAUCCAAUCAGAUUUAAGUGAAAAAAAGAUAGUUAUAUGUACUUCUGAAGGGUCUCAUGCUUCUGAGUAUGCUAGUACAAUACCAGAAGUCCAGAAAGAUGCAUGCACUGAAGCUUACACUGAUGCUGCUGUCAAUGCUGAACAAGAUGCUUCCACUGGAUAUAUCACCAUACAUUCUGCCAGUGGCGCAGGAGGAAAGGAAGAGCUUGAUGGAGCUGCAAUACAUGCUGAAACUCUCAAUGCCGUGCUUCAUUCUGGGGAAGAUGUAGACAUGGAUGUGGACAUGGAAGUUGAAGAUGAAAUUCCUGCCAGCAAUACAAAUAUUCCAGAUGCAUCAGUUCCCCAGUAUCUUGCUUCACCAGAGCAACCCGGUCUGGCUAAUCUCUCUUCACAACUCGAAUCCUUUACCCCAGAGGAAGCGUUUGGUGUGCCACCUCCACCAGAUGAAGAUUGGAUUCCCCCCCCACCUCCUGAUGGUGAACCUUUUCCUCCGCCACCACCUGAUGAGCCCCCUGAAAACUCAUAUCCCCCACUUCCAUCUGAUUUGGAGACAGUACCACCGUUUGCUUAUACUGGACAUUACAAUCUAUCCUACCCAGAUUCUAAUUACGAAUAUUAUGUGCCAACAAAUGGCGAAGCCUUGGGCAGUAAUUUUUAUGCGCAUGCCAAUGGAAGUCAGAUAGCUGUUUCCCAUCCACUCCCUUAUUAUGAAGCAGUGGCCCCCAUGUAUCCGGGUGCUGCUCCAGUUGUAGUCAACCCUGUUGAGCCUUUUGCAUAUUAUGGUCUUCAAGAUGGAACUGUACCCCCUGUACCUGUAGUUAGUAGUGCUGAAUCUUCUGGGUUCCACUGUAUGUCUGGUCAUGAAAGCCUCGGUCCUGAUCAAAUCGUAUCGCUAGAGGCCCAUGCAGUACCGUGCUGCACUUCAUUGUCAAAUACCAAGACUGAUGUUUCGGCUGCUGUUGGAGAGACUGAGAAGGAAGCUGUAAAGGUGCCUUCUGCUCCAGCCUCUGUUCAGGCUUCAGCAACCAUUUCCGCGAUGGAGUGUGUUUCGAUGUCAUCAAUUCCUGCUGUUCCUACUGUGUCUGCUGCUACAGCUACGGUUCCUAAGGUUCAAUCUAAAGUUCCACGUAAGAAACAACGGACAGUUGGUGUGGUGUCCACAUUGAGGUCUAAUAAGAAAGUCUCCAGCUUGGUGGACAAGUGGAAGGCUGCCAAAGAGGAGUUGCAUGAAGAAGAGGAAGAGGAAGAUGAACCUGAAAAUGCUUAUGAGAUGUUAGAGAAGAAACGCCAAAGGGAAAUAGAGAAAUGGCGUGCAAAGCAGGUUGCUAGUGGAGAGGCCAAAGAUAAUGCUAACUUUCAGCCUCUUGGAGGUGAUUGGUAUGGACCUUGAACUCAAAUAAAUUUGUUUCAGUACUUCAUAUUUAUGGCAAUCUAGGCAUGCAUUCAGUAGGUCGUAAAAUGAAAGUGCCCCCUCCCCUUGUCUAUCCCCAUGUAUUCCUGUUCUCUUUUCUGUAGUGUGUGUAUGUGUGUUUGGGUAUACCUGUUAAAGUUUUGUUUUUGGGUUGGAGAGGGGAACUGUAUAUACAAUUUUUUUUUUUUUGGAGGGGGUGUGUUCUGUUUCUCACAGUUUUUUUUCUCCGGUUGGGGGAGGGGAUGAGGGUGUUCUUUGAAACUUGAAUCCCCAGUGGGAUGACAUCCUGUAAACCAAAUGGCAGAAGUGGUUUGUUGAAGCUAAUUGCUAACCUCACACAUCUUUGGCAGAAGUGGUGUGUUCUGUUUCUCACAGUUUUUUUUCUCCGGUUGGGGGAGGGGAUGAGGGUGUUCUUUGAAACUUGAAUCCCCAGUGGGAUGACAUCUUGUUAACCAAAUGGCAGAAGUGGUUUGUUGAAGCUAAUUGCUAACCUCACACAUCUUUGGCAGAAGUGGUGUGUUCUGUUUCUCACAGUUUUUUUUCUCCGGUUGGGGGAGGGGAUGAGGGUGUUCUUUGAAACUUGAAUCCCUAGCGGGAUGACAUCCUGUAAACCUAAUGGCAGAAGUGGUUUGUUGAAGCUAAUUGUUAACCUCACACAUCUUGGGCAGAUAUGAAAUUGUUUUUAGGUUGUUGAAGCUAACUGCUAACUUUAUGCAUCUUCGGCAGAAAUGAAAUUGCUUGUAAAUUUGUUCCCCUUUGCUUAAACUAGCUUUGGACCCAUGUGAUGCACAAAAUUUGUAAUGUCUUCCCACCUCCACCCUAUUUCCACUGCGCCACCUUAACAUUGUUGGAAAAUUGCAAUUAGUUGCUUAACUGAUUUUUCCAAAAUAUUAAAUUUAGAGUAGUUAACAAGAAUAGAGGGGGUGUUUAAUUGAUUGUUUUUUAAAAAAUUAAAAAUUGGAGAGUUAGCAAAAACUGGUGGGGUUGGGUAUAUAUAGGACCCAAGAGAGAAUUUAAUUCGAGGAAACCAAAGUUUUUCCAAACGAAGAUGUGAAAAUUAAGAAAAUGGGGAGAGAAAGCUUCUCAAUUCUCUUCCCUCAAAUUUUUAAUAUAUAAAACUUUCUUAUUGCCUUCCAUUUUUAAUCUCUCUCUCUCUUGUGUGCAAUGUGUCUCCACCCUUACAUAUGGUGCACUCGUGUUCCUGUACAAACUUGCAUAUGCUUGUGCACCCUUUGCUGUGAUAAAUGAUCUUUUACACUGCACCUUACAUUUGAUGAAUGAUACAUCACCUCUGCACUUUGUGCUACUGUUAUUCAGGCGAGAGCGGGUUAAGCGCAAGAGAGCUCAAUCAUCGAAUGAAGCUGUAGAGACUCCAGCAGAGGGGGUUAUUACCGAUGAAAAGCACCAGUCUGAUCUGAGUGAACUUUCAAGAGAUCUCCCAUCUGGGUGGCAGGCAUUCUGGGAUGAAACCUCAAAGCAAGUCUAUUAUGGAAAUGCCGCGACAUCAGAAACAACCUGGAUUAGACCAGUAACAUGACACGAGCUUGUGAAGAUUUUUGAGAGAACCAAUUAAUAGUCACUAUCUAUUUAGGGCUUGAAUGUAAUCUUUUCUAUUUCAGUUUUGUUUUUCCCUUUUUUAUUUUUUUGAGUAUCAGUCCUUCACUUCCCUCUUUGUAUAUAUGGAGGAAUGAUAAAAUUAACGUUUUGUUCCAGCAAGUUCAGAAAUGAAAUUUUGGCACGUUUCUGACUGAAA